GCUGGCUGGAGCAUGAGGUAGAUUUGGUACUUGAGCCUCACUUUCUGUCUGCUGGUGCAGACAGCCCCAGGCGCCUGGCACACCAAGGAACCUCUAGUGGUGACCAAAUAUGGGACCCUCUGGGGAAAGCAAAUCCAUGUGGGGCAGACGUCCAUCCAGGUCUUCCUAGGAGUCCCCUUCUCCAGAUCUCCCAUGGGUGCCCACAGGUUUGCUCUCCGGGGGCCACUGGAGCUUUGGAAAGGGACCAGAGAUGCCACCACCUAUGCCCCUGUAGAACUGGAGGAAGCGCGGGACGCGCAGGGAAACCAUGCUCUCCCCGACCGCCGCAGCGCGGGGCCCAGACUUCCGACGUGCCCACAGGUGCCUUCAGGAGUCCUGUACCUCAACAUGCGGAAACACCAUGGGUGGCUGCGCUUCAGUGAGGACUGUCUGUACCUGAACUGCCGGUGAACGCUCCCUCUUCAACCCCGCGCCGUGACGGUCUGGUUCCCGGGAGGCGCUUUCCUCGUGGGCUCCGCUUCCACGUACGACGGCUCCCAGCUGGCGGCCCACGAGCUAGAGGUGCCGGCGAUUCUGCAGUCGCAGCCGUGCAUCCUCGGCUUCCCGAGCACGGGCGACAGGCAGGCCCUCGGGAACUGGGCGCUGCUAGACCAGCUGGCGGCUCUGCACUGGGUGCAGAACAUCGCGGCUUUCGGCGGAGAGCCGGGCUGCCUGACCCUGUUCGGCCAGUCGUCGGGGGCCAUGUGCAUCUCAGGAUUGAUGAUGUUACCCUAGGCCGGGGGUCUCUUUCAUCAGGCCAUUUCCCAGAGUGGCACCGCAACGCUCAGAGCCUUCGUUACACCUGACCCACUGAAAGUGGCCAAGAAGGUUGCCCGCGUGGCAGGCUGCAAACACAACACACAGACCCUGAUGGACUCCCUGAGGGCACAAUCGGGGACCAAAAUAGUGCAAGUGUCCAAAAAGAUGAGAUUCUUCCACCUGAACUCCCAGGAAGACUCUAAAGAGGUUGUGUGGUUCAUAAGCCCAGUGGUGGAUGGUGUGGUGUUCCCAGAAGACCCACUUCUUCCUGGCCUGGGAGAGACUGCACCUGUGCCCUACCUUCUGGGUGUCAACAGCUGGGAGUUCUGUUGGCUCUUGCCUUAUAUCAUGAAGUUCCCACUAAAUCGGCACAUGAUGAAAAAAGAAAUCAUUGCCAGGCUGCUCUGGAGCAAGAGUACCCUGUUGAACAUCACCAAGGAGCAGAUACCGUUGAUGAUGGAGGAGUACCUGGACGAUAUCGAUGACCAUGACUAGAAGAUGACCCGAAACCAUUUGAUGGACAUAGUUGGGGACGCCACGUUUGUGUACUCCACUCUGCAAGCCGCCUGUUCCCACCGUGAAACCCCAAUGGCGGGAAGCUGCCCUGCUGGCCCCGCCACUAGAUGGAUAAGUACCUGCAGCUGGAUGUCACCACACGAGUGGGUGUGAUGUUAAAGAAGGAGACAGCCUUUUGGACAAGGGUGCAUCAGCAUUGAGGACCCAAGAGACAGAGGCAAUUCUGAGGCAAUUCUCACCACCCAGACCUUGUGGAGACCGGCCAUGGACACAUCUGGAGAUGGGUCCUGUCCUCCCCAAUCUAGAACCUUCCGCCUCCAGGCCAGAGCUGGAAGCUUAGCCUGCGCCACCCUCUCCAGCCUGACCUCCCAUGAUGCCCACUCACUUCCCCGUCUCCAUCAGCGUAAGCCAGGACCUUCCCCUGCCACCCUGCACCCAGCUCCCCAGCCUCAGGACAACCCCCUCGCCAAAUUUUCCUGCUUUCAAAGUCUACUUCUUAUGGGGGGUCUACCCAAACUGCCACCACCCCCAUCACCUCACCCAGCUUGCCGUUUGCCUUCCAUCCUGCUCAAAUUUGUACCCCUUCACAAUGGCCUUGAGGCUUUGGGCAUGCUACUUGUGACUCUAAUCACUUGGGAUCUUCUCCCUGUCCUGCCUCCUCCACCUGCCCUCCCCCCUCCCCCCUGGUACCAUCAUCACACAGGAGUGGGCCUCAGUAAACAUG